GGAUAAUUGACUAACUGAUUUGGUUGGUUGAUUGGUUAACUAACUUGUUAACCGGUUGACCAAAUAAAUGUGUUGUCUAAAUAACUGAAUAUUUCGGGAUUAAAUUACUACAUCUUCAGUGAUCUUUGACAUUUUUUUAAAAGAAAAAUAAUUCAAAUAGCCAAAUCAACAAUCAACUUUAAUAACAAAAAUGGUCAUGUAUUCGAUGACAAUAUAUCGGUCAGUGUCAUGAUGUAUGAGAAAAGAUGAAAAAUAAAAAGCCCUUAAUAUCAAUACACACACGUGUAUACACACAUAUACACAUACAAAAACACACACACACGUACGCCACUUCUUCCAAAUAAUCACCAAUCUACGAAUGAUAACCAGAUAAUUUCAUCUAUUCCAAUAGUGUAUCAAUAAAAAUCUACAAUAAAUAUGUUUAUAUGACGAAUUUAUUUCUAUUUUUCAUUUUACACCAAAAAAAAGAAAAGUAAAUUAAUGAAACUGAUCUUUGAUCUUUGAUUACAAUAAUCAUUUGUUUAUUUUCAUCUCGAUUAUGAAUAAAAUCCCCCUGUCUUCCUGCCCCCCCCCCCAAAAAAAAUGAAGAAUCCUAUUACACAAUUAUACAAGUGACUAUCAUCCUAAUUAUUCCAUUGAUAUAAACUUAUCAGGUAUAUAUCUAUAUAUAUCUAUAUAUGAAUAUACAGAUAAUUAACCGAUCUAUUCAUUGUUAUUCCCUAUUUAUAUUGAUUUAAUCAUUUCUAUGAUAAUUCUAUAAUUUGUCAUUAAUAAUCUAAUGACAAAAUCACUAUUGACAAUCAUUAUUCAUUUCAUUAUUAUUUAUAGUUUAAUUAUACAAUUGAUGAAAUCAUUACCAAAAGUCUAUUCUAUAAAAGGUUGUGUUACAUUUGUUUAUAAUGAUAAUUAUUCAAUGCGUCAAUCUAUAUGUGAUAAAUUAAAUACAAAUUUUCAUAGAAUUCCAAUUAAUUUACCUAUUGAAAUAGUGAAAUUAAUUAUUAAUCAUCAAAAUAUUAAUCAAUUAAAUGAGACACAAUUAAAUCAUUUGCCAAAUUUAAUUGAUUUAAAUUUAGAUUCGAAUAAAAUUAAAAUUAUUCAACCAAAUACAUUUAAACAAUUAAUUCAAUUAAAAAGAUUAAGUUUACGUUAUAAUUUAUUAACUAUUUCCUAUGAAUCAUUUCAUCCAAUGAUUAUGUAUCAUUUAAAUCAAUUACAAUCUAUUAAUUUAUUGCAUAAUCCAUUACAACAAAUACCAAAUCAUUUCUUUUUACCAAUUGGUCAUACUAUACAAUCUAUUAUAUUAUCAAAUAGUUUAAUGAAAUUACAAUUAUAUAAUGAAAGUUUUUAUGGUUUAUAUAAAUUAAAAUUAUUAGAUUUAAGUAAUACAUAUUUAGAGAAUUUACCUGAUUCCUAUGAAACAAUAUUUAAUCAAAUGCAAUUAAAUGAAUUAUAUUUAUAUGGGAAUCCAUGGAAAUGUGAUUGUCAUUUAAGAUGGUUAAUAAAAUGGUAUUUAAAAUAUAAUACAAAAUUAAUAUAUUAUAAAUCAAUCAAUGAUAUUAUAUUAUAUAAUAAUAAUCAUAUUGAUUUAGAUACAAAUAAUUGGUUAAUGAAUGAACAUAAAUUAAAUAAUCAAUUAUUAGAAAUGAAUACAUUAUUACAACCAAAAUGUGCAACACCAAUGAAAUUACAUGGGAAACCAUUAUUUAAUCCAAUCAAUAAUAAUAAUAAUAAUAAUGGUAAACAAAUGAUACGUAGUGUAGAUUUUCAUUGUUCACCAGAAUCAUAUACACCAAAUCAAGAAAUUCAAUUUAUAUGGGGUAAUAAUGAUACAUUAAGUUGUAAAUUUUUUGCUGAUCCAUCCGGUAUUGUAAUAUGGUAUAAAGAUGGAACUAGAAUACAAAAUCAUUGGCCAAGAAUAACAACUAAACAAAGUCAAGGGAGAAAUUUUUUAGCUGAAUUAAUUAUUGAAAAUAUACAAAAUUCUGAUGCAGGAACAUAUGUUUGUUAUUUGGAUACAGGUUAUGGACAUGUAAAUACAACAUUCAAUGUACAAGUGGAUGGUGGUAUAACUAUAGACGAACCAUUUUAUCAUAAUGGUAUAUUUCAUUGGAUUAGUAAAUUGGAUACAACUCUUGUGCUCAAGUACACUGGAAUGAUUGCUGUAUGUUUAAUCAUACUAUUAGUAAUUAUGGGCUUACUAAUUUAUUUAUUCAAUGGAAAGAUGUAUUGUCGACCAAAAUUAUGCAUUAAUAAAACAAUGCCAACUUAUGAUAAUAGAUCAGAUCAAUCUAAACCAGGAUUAGCUGGUGAAUCAGAUACAAUAAACACUGGUAAUUUUAGUACUUUGAGUGAUAAAAAUACUAUUAGUAAUUCAAAAAGUACAUAUACGCUCCAAGGACAAAAUCUUAAUCUUUGUACACAAUUGGGACCUAAGAAUGAGAAUAUAGCAAUGACGUGUAAACGUUCUCCAACAUCUGAAUUAAAUGAUCAUGUCUACUUGCAUUGCACUAGUUCCGACGUCUUAGAUCAACACAGUCUAUUAUCUAAUAAAUCACGUGAUCCAACAUUUGAUAAUUAUGUAACAGUUCGUCUAUUACCAACGGUGACAGGUAGUGACCUUACUGUUCCUUGCCCUAUACAUAACUAUGCAUUUAUACAUCAAGUUUCUACAGAUCCAACGACAGUAUCUACUGCAAAUAAUGUAGAUAUUAAUUAUGAUGGUGUUGUUACUGGAUCUAUGCAAGUAAUUCCAGAAUCUCAUAUUUCUUCAUCAAACAUAAAAAAAUAUAAUGCAAUGGAAAAUUCAAAUUUAACUACUUCUGUAAGUAAUAUGAAAAUAUCGAGUACUUCUGAGGAAAAUGUCGCAAUAAAAACUAAUAAAGCUAUAAUUACUGAUUCAGGUAAUAUAAACAAUAAAAUUGUCAGUAAUAAUGAUAAUAACUGUUUGAAUUCAUCGGUUUACACACCUUGUCCGUUACAUGGUAAUAUAUAUGCAACUCUUCAGAGUAAAGAUAAAAAAAAUAUUUCCGCAGAAAUACGUAAACACAUCGCCAAUGUACCACCAGGUUUGACAGGAUUAAAUUAUGACAAACAUCAUACACUACCAAAUAAAAAGUUUCAUUCACAGUUAUCUACUCCUACUACCACUGUUAUUAGUACAUCUCCUAAUAGUACUAGUGAUAUUCUUAGGACCAAUACUACACUAAGCGAUAAAUGA